GAACUCUCUCUAUCGUUGUCUGCGACUGUGGGGGCUUCAGGCCUUCUCAUUCCAUUCCUAGGUCGUUUCUGGGUUAUCAUCAACUUCUAUAUUUGGAGUUCGUUUGGGUUUAGCUGCUGGUUCUGAUCUGCUUGUUGUGUGAAUCAUUCAUUGAUUUCUUCCAUGGCUGCUUCUAUCCUUGCCUCUUCGCUUUGUACAGGGCUUGUUGCUAGUUAUACGCCUAGGCCUAACAGGAAGAACCACCCUGAAAGAUCUCCAAUGUUUCAACCUCCAAAGAAACAGAACCAGGGGCUCACUCCCAAGAAGCUUUCUUCAGAAAGCUGCGGCAGAAGUAAUUAAUGACGGUUGCCUUCUUUUUAAUUGAUUUUACUGCAGGCAUAUAUUUAUAGCUUCUAUCAGUGACUACUUUGUUAUGCUGUCAGGUGAAACAAUGGCUAUUUCUGUACAACCUGAAAACAAACUGACAACAGAGGAAAAGCCUCCAGGGCAGAAGCGGCGGGUUGUUGUGACAGGGAUUGGUAUUGUAACUGCGCUUGGUCAUGACUCGGAUAUGUUUUAUAACAAUCUUCUUCAAGGUAUUAGUGGAGUAAGUGAGAUAGAAAAUUUUGACUCUUCUCAGCUCCCAACGAAUAUUGGCGGAGAGAUCAAGUAUUUCUCGGCAGAUAGUGGGGUCUCAUCAAAGCUUGCAAAGAGGGCAGACAAGUUUAUGCUUUACCUUCUCACUGCUGGCAAGAAGGCUCUGGCAGAUGGUGGGAUUACAAAUGAAGUUAAUAGGGAGCUUAAUAAAAGUAGAUGUGGAAUCAUAAUUGGCACUGCACUCGGAGGUUUGAGGAUUUGCCAGGAAUGGAUUGAAACGAUGAUGACUCCAUCAAAGAUGCCAAAUCCUUUCAGUUUACCUCUGACAGCAACCAACAUGGGUUCCGCAACACUAGCAAUGGAUUUGGGUUGGAUGGGUCCAAACUACGUAAUCUCUGCAGCCUGUGCAACAAGUAAUAAUUGUAUACUUAGUGCGGCUGGUCAUAUUAUCGAGGGAGAGACAGAUAUAAUGCUUUGUGGUGGUUCUGAUGCAGGACUUCAUCCAAUAGGGUUGGGAGGUAUGGCAUCAUGCAGAGUUCUCUCACGGAGGAAUUGUGAUCCGACCAAAGCUUCACGCCCUUGGGACACUGAGCGUGAUGGAAUUGUCGUUGGAGAUGGAGCUGGGGUUUUGCUUAUGGAGGAGUUAGAACAUGCCAAGCAAAGAGGUGCAAAAGUUUAUGCGGAAUUUCUGGGCGGAAGCUUUGGUGCCGAUGCGUAUCACUUGACUCAGCCCCAUCCUACUGGGAAUGGAAUGGUUCUUUGUAUAGAGAAAGCAUUGGCUGAUGCUGGAGUGGCCAGAGAAGAUGUAAAUUACGUAAAUGCACAUGCUGCAUCUACACAAAUUGGUGAUCUCAGAGAAUUCCGAGCGUUAUUCCGUUGUUUUGGCAACAAUCCUGAGCUAAGAAUUAACUCUACCAAGUCCAUGACUGGCCACCUACUUGGAGCUACAGGUGCUGUGGAAGCUAUUGCAGCAAUUAAGGCAAUACAAACGGGCUGGAUCCAUCCAAACAUCAAUCUUGACAAUCCUGACAAAGGCGUGGACGUAAAUCUUCUUGUUGGCCCAACGAAGGAACGAUUAGAUGUUAAGGUAGCACUGUCUAACUCCUUUGCCUUCGGUGGACAGAACUCAUGUAUCUUGUUUGCGCCUUCCAAAUGAAUAGAAAGCAAUACAGUCAACAGAGCCAUUGAGCAUGAUUGCUUGGCAAAGAGCCCCCCCCGACCACUACACCAUCUCAGCUGCUGCCACCUUGCUUAUGAAAUGCCUACUCGACCAAAUAUUAAACUAGGGAAAAGGUUCAUGUUAGAUUAAUCAUUGUACUGAUG